AUGUUGUUACAGAACGAGGCUGUUAAAGCAUCUGGAUUGGUUGGAGUAUUGGUUGCCUAUGGUCUCGUAGAAUGGUGGAACCUGCAAAAGGAUAUGUCAUCGUCAUCAAAGAUCAGCAAUGACACUAAUAGUAAUAGCAUUGAUACCAACAAGAUAGUAGUAGAAAAGAAGGAGAAUAUAGAACAACAACAACCAAAACAAAAGAAUAAUACUAGUAAUGUAUCACAACAACAGUCAAUAACAAACAAGAACAAUAUCAAGUCAAAAGAUUCAAUUACGGCGCCGCCAACAACAAAUACAAUCAUUACGACCGAUGUAGCAACAACACAAACUAACACUAUAAAGAAAUCGAAUAAUAAUAAUCAAAGUAGAAGAGUAUUUGAUUAA